GCAAAGUGGUGUCAGAUUACCAAAUGACAGGAUGAAUUUAUUGAUGAAUGCUGAAAACAAGUGACUGGAACAUUUCAAGGGACACGUCAAAGCGUUAAUGAUUAGUCCAUUUUAAGUGUAAUAAAACAGUAAAACUUAUUGAUAUUUCCCGAAUCCUAACUUCCAAAGUCAGACUACACCGGACAUACAACCGAUUUUCUGUCAUCCUUGGAGGAAGAACAAGUAUCAGAUCUGAGAUAAAGUUCAUAUUCUUUUUUGAACUCCAUCCAAUCUCUUCAGAGAUUAAUGAAUGGGAUGCAUCUAAAAUGAAAACACAGGACGGAAGAGCGAGAACAUUACAUUGUCAUUCUAGGCUGAUGAAGUGUUGCGUGAGGUUCCUGGUUAAAUGGUGUCCCACUGCACCGCUCAUCGUCCUGUAUCAACUAACAUAGCUCAAACACUGCAGAUUAACCAGCCGUGCCGCAGCGCGCCCUCCAUCACGAUCUACCUUUUUCCCAAGCGCAACGGCGCAUGAAACCUAGCUAGGUCCAGAGUUAAGAAACAGACAAAACUGAAAAAUAAAACUUCGCUUUGACCAGACAAGGAAACACAGUCGCGCUAGAAUGUACUGUUGAUGUUAUUUUUGCAAUAGGAAGAAUCAGUCACAUUGAUGUUCUAAGCUUCCAUAAUGACUAAAUAUUUCCUCGAAAACCUCGGCAGACAAACACCUUCAGUUGUACCGAUAAAUCUAAUAGCCAUCUUGUAUAGUUCGGUGAGCACACACAAUGAUUUCAGCAGGCUGCUGCAGUCUUCAGUGGGUGGGAGGAUUAGAAUCAUCCCAAAGUCCUUACAAUUCACAGUAAUGCCAUGGAAUAGGAGUACACAGUGUACCUGGUAUGUAAACUCACUACACAACUGGUGGCCAUUGCUUUUAACGUAUUUAGAAAUCUGUUGUUGAGGAUAUAAACAAAGUUUCCCGGGGACACACAAGAAAUGGUGCCUCUAAGUUUGGUUCUUUUCAUAAUUUAUCAUUUUAUUUUACAUUUUCUACACAAUACAGAAGCCAUUCUGCAAGUACAGAAAUUCUAUUCCUUUGUCUCCCACAGGGCAUUCCAUGCAGCAUUAAACAUGAGGAGCUUGAAAAGAAUGGAUAGCAGCUACUUUAACAAAACCAGGUUUGCUCUCUCUGGAGUAGAGCCACGUGCAAGGAAAAUGUCAUCCUGCCGCCUCAUCCGGACACUCGAAAGGGAAACCAGAGCUUGCCAUCUCUACAUCUGACCUCCCCUGCUCUUCAUGCCUCCAACACUGUGAGCCCCUGAUGAAGUAAACCCCCGCAAAGUUAUCCAGGAAGAGAGGCAUCACUUCCAUCUGUUCCCCAUCCUCAGAGCGUCUGAAGGAGCCAGAGCGUCUGCUGGAGGCUGAGAGAAAGAGGAAAAUGGGAAAGCGACUGCGCCAGGGAAUCACUUUGGGCUCUGAUGGACAGAUUGCAGAUUUGCCACCGAAGCUUCAUUAACGUGAGUUUUUACUGUUACCUCUUUGCUGCUUGGCAUGAAAGAAAAAGGUGUUUGCUUGCCCUGGGGCAAGAAGCCGUCAGUCUGUUCGUCUGAAUGAAUUUGCUUUGUGUUCUGUUUGAAUUGGUCGUGGAUCCAAACUAAAUAAGUACAAAAUGAAUAGGCUCCUUUUUGGCAUUGAAAUUUUGGCUAGACUAUACAUGGACUUGUGAAGAAAGAUUAUAAAUGUUUCUCAGAGUUUUUACCACCAUAUAACAAUAAGAAACCUUCUAUCACCAAUUACAGCCUUGGACACUUUAUUAUUCACUACAGAUUCACGAAGAGAUUACUGGAUACUAUUAUUGCUUAAAUUUCUGUGCCUUUUCUUGGCAAUCCAGUCUGAAACUCACAGUCAGAUGAUGUCCCACUCUGAUGUCCUCCAUACCUGAUCCACUUUCCAUGGAUGCUUCCUGGAACUUCAGUCUUUCUGGGAAUACUACCCUGGAACACUCCAGGCUUUUGUCGGUGUUUGAGAUACACAUCUUGGUUCCUGUGACAGUUGCCUGCAUACUACUCUUCUUCUUGGGCGUAGGGGGCAACCUAAGCACCCUACUUGUGUUCCGGCGCACCCAGUCGCUGCACACCACAACCAACCUCUACCUGUCCAGCAUGGCCAUCUCAGACAUCCUCAUCUUCAUUGGUCUACCCCUGGAUCUCUAUCGUCUGUGGCGGUACCGACCCUUUCCCUUUGGAGACUUCCUGUGCCGCUUCCAGUUCUACCUGAGCGAAUCCUGCACCUAUGCCACCAUCCUGCACAUCACCGCCCUCAGCGUGGAACGCUACUUGGCGAUCUGCUUCCCGCUGCGCGCCCGCCGCUUGGUCUCCAGGGCUCGCGUGCAACUGGUGAUCGUCGCUCUCUGGGGUCUGGCUGGCACCACGGCGGUGCCUGUUUUUCUUCUCUUCCACGUGGAGGGCCAGGAGUGCCAGCCCACAGAGGCAGGCCUGCGCUCAGGCCUGCUGCAGGCCAUGACCUGGGUGUCCACGCUUUACUUCUUUCUCCCUCUGGCCUGCCUCUGUCUGCUCUAUGGCCUCAUCUGCAGGAGGCUGGGACGCAUGCGGCACCGUCCCUACGCACGCAUCCGCCAGAGGCACCAGCGCCAGACAGUCAGGCUCCUGGUCGUGGUGGUGCUGUCCUUUGCCCUCUGCUGGCUGCCCUUCCACAUCGGGAGGAUCCUCUUCUCCACUGCAGUCGGGGACGAGGAGGACCAGGGAGGCAGAGAAGCCCUGUACACAACGUCGCAGAACUUCAACUUGGCUGCCAUGCUGCUUUUCUACCUCAGCGCUUCCAUCAACCCCGUCCUCUACAACCUGCUGUCUGCCCGCUACCGCCUGGCGCUACGCGGCAUGUUCCAGAGCCAGCGCCCCCGCAGCAGGCUCCCCCGAGGGCACAGGUCCAGCCACCGCAGUCGGGUCACCGCGCCAACCGACAUUAACUUCUGCACCAGCGUGUAAUAAAGAAGCCCCAAUUCCGA